CUCUCCUUUAGCUCAGCGCUCCGGGAUCAUCUCAGCUCUCCCGCAAACACUCUUCUGAGCCACAGCAAGCAAGAAAGCAGAAACGAUGGGAAUUUAAACUGAGAGUCAUGAAAGUCAAUGCACACUUGUAGCUUUAAAAAAGUCCUUUAAUUAUAGUGUGUUGGAACAAGUUUACACUUCUGCACUGGAUGGUGAGAUGCGCAUAAAGUGACAGCGGUCCUCAUCUCUUCUACAGUUCUCAACGAGUGAUAAAACGCCAUGAAAGACGACUUUGCAGACGAGGAGGAAGUACAGUCUUUUGGAUACAAGAGGUUCGGAAUCCAGGAGGGCACCCAGUGCACAAAGUGUAAGAAUGAAUGGGCAUUGAAGACCUCCAUAGCUCUGCUCUAUGUGCUGUGUACACUCCUCACCAUCGCUGUUGCUAUACUUGGAUAUAAAGUGGUGCAAAGAGUUGACAGUGUGUCUGAAGGUAUUGCAAACUAUGGAGGAAAGAUCAUUGCUGUUGAGACUGAUUUGAAAAAGCUAGAUGAUCAGACCGGAGAGAAGUCGGAGAAUACCACCACAGAGAUCCAGGCUUUUAAGAACAACAUCUGGACUCUGCAGAGGCAGCUGUCUGCGGUGGAAGAGCGCAUCCGCAGUGAUCAAGUUAAGCUGAAUCAGCUGCAGAACAUUGGCUCAGACAUCCAGAGCAGCCAGGGCUCCAUUCAAGGACUGCUGAACAUUAACACAGCCACCUUGCGCUCUGUAAAUGGCAGUCUGCAGUCGUACGGCAGCAUCAUUGAGGGUCUACAGGAAGACACAGCUAGGUUGCAAAGAGAACUCCAACAGCAGGUAAAACUCCAAAAUCAGGCGCUGCUCAGCAUUAGCAGUCUCAACCUCACUCAGGCCCAGCAGAGAGGCCUCAUUGCUGCGCUGCAACGCUCAGUCGAUGACACCAGCCAGGCUAUUCAUAAGAUGCGCAAUGACUUUCAGAGCCUUGAACAGAACACCCGACAGACCCGCUCUGAUACAGAGUGGCUUCGUAGCAAAGUGGAAAACCUGCAGAUCUUGGCCAGUAAUACCUCAGCUCUAGCUAAGUCCAACAAUGACAGCCUGGAGGAUGUGGGGACACAGCUCACUUUUAUUGCUAACCAGCUCCAGAACACUAGCAGCCUGGCAGAGGCUCAUGACCAGACUCUGAGGGAGAUCAUGGAUCAGCAGAGGGACUUCGGCAACCUCACAUCUACAAAGUUUGACCGCCUAGAGGUGCGACUGGAUGAGUCGGAGCAGAGUAUUGAUCGUGUGACCGGCAACAUCAGCUUCACCACACAGCUUCUUGGUGCAAUCAAUCUAAACCUGAAUGAUUUACGCACAUGUUCAGAGACAGUUGGCCGUCAUUCAGACUUCCUGCUAAACCUCAACAACAGCAUGGCUGACGUGAGGACAGACGCAACGAGUCUGAGGUCACAGCAGGAAGAGCUGGCAGCGCGUAUGGACAAGGAGGUCACAAGCCUCUCUAUUGUCAUGGAGGAGAUGAAGCUGGUGGACACCAAGCAUUCACAACUAAUAACCAACUUUACUAUUUUAAAGGGUCCCCCUGGUCCCAGAGGGCCAAGAGGGGACAAAGGACCUCAGGGACUACCUGGUCAGUCAGGCCAGAAGGGAGAGAAAGGAGACAAGGGAGCUCCUGGGAUCCGAGGACCUAGAGGAGAGCAGGGUAGUCCAGGACCACCGGGCCUUCCAGGGUUAAAGGGUCUCCCAGGCAUACCUGGCAGCACCGGGUCAAAGGGCCCUAGAGGGUCAGGAGGCAGAGCUGGACCACCUGGUACUAAAGGAGAACCAGGUAGUGCUGGUUUGCCUGGAAGAGAUGGACAACCUGGUCCUCAGGGUGUACAGGGCCCACCAGGUAUCCGUGGCCCAAUUGGACCACCUGGAGAGCAAGGACCAAGGGGACUGCCAGGACCAGUAGGGCCCUCAGGGCCAGUAGGACCACCCGGACAACCAGGACUACCAAUCCGGGUCCCUGCAGUUCCUUUUGGACCUGUGUCUCUGCAGGAUGAGGCAGUGGGUCCUACCAUAUGGGCUCCAGGAUGCCCUGCUGAAUGGCUAAACUACAAAGACAAGUGCUAUUUUUUCUCCAAAGACCUGCAGAGCUUUGAUCAUGCAAAGACAACCUGUGAAUCAAUGUCUGGUUCAUUAUUAAUCAUCAACGACAUGGAGGAACAGAAAUGGCUGAAGAGGCAGAUCUUUGGCAAAGGUUACUUCUGGAUGGGUCUGACCGACAGGCAAGAGGAGCGCACGUGGCACUGGCUGGAUGGGACUGAACCUACUUUCACGAAAUGGAAGCCAGGUCAGCCCGACAACUGGGGCCACGGCCAUGAAGAAGGAGAAGACUGCGCGGGUCUCACCCACGAAGCGCUAUGGAACGAUUUCUCCUGUGAAGAUCUCAUAAGCUACAUCUGCGAGAAGGAAAUGGAGACCUCAAGAUCACCUGGAUCAUAGUGAUGUGUUCAGUCUGAGUGCACAGUGAGCAGCUAGACUGCACCCGUGUGGCACUGGUCCAAUUGACGCAGCACAUGGGACAGUCCGUAUGGAGAGAGCAAAGGGACAAUUUUGAAAUGAGCCCAGGGCUGCAACAGUAACCAUCUCUCCAGUGCUGAUGAGAUGCCUUUCUCCUCCAAAGUGAAGCCAGUCCAACAUUACCAGGAGUGCAAUACAGCAGGGUGACCAAGAUAGGAAGAGAAUCUUUUUUUUAAUAACCAAAUCAACUGAUUUAUAUAUAUAUAUAUAAAUAUUUUUAUAUUUUUUUGGAAUACGUUUUAUAAAACAGUACUCAAUGUACAACCGAAUAUCUGAAUGUAUAUUUCAUUAUGCAAUUUUUGUAGGAAAAUAUGAAAUCUAUGAAGCCAAGUGGACUUCGGUAAUGCUUCUCUUUAUAUAAUUCCAACGAAAAAAAGAAAAAAACGAAAUAAGGUGUGCAAAAUGAUGCGCAAAAAACAUAAUGUCGCUGAUAUGCUAUCUUGAAACUGUUAUCUAACCUCAUGACCAUCUAUAUAACACGAGUAGGAAAUAAAAAAUAUAGUACUCACGUAUAAACUUAGAAAAAUGCGACAAUCAGCUUGAGUUUUAGUAAACGAAUUUACAGAGUUAUACUUUAUGUAUGAUUUACUUUUUGCUAUUACAUACAUAAAUAUGUUCAUGAAUAAAAAACUGUGGAUCCUUCAUGCAAAAAUAGAAAAUGUGC